AUGGGAAGGGGUAGGGUUGAAAUGAAGAGGAUAGAGAACAAGAUCAAUAGACAAGUGACAUUCUCUAAAAGAAGAGCUGGUCUUUUGAAGAAAGCACAUGAGAUCUCGGUUCUUUGUGAUGCCGAGGUUUCCCUUAUUGUCUUCUCCCAUAAGGGGAAACUGUUCGAGUACUCCUCUGAAUCUUGCAUGGAGAAGGUACUAGAACGCUACGAGAGGUACUCUUACGCCGAGAAACAGCUAAAAGCUCCAGACUCCCACAUCAAUGCACAAACGAACUGGUCAAUGGAAUAUAGCAGGCUUAAGGCUAAGAUUGAGCUUUUGGAGAGGAACCAAAGGCAUUAUCUGGGAGAAGAUUUAGAAUCAAUCAGCAUAAAGGAGCUACAGAAUCUGGAGCAACAGCUUGACACUUCUCUUAAGCACAUUCGCUCCAGAAAAAAUCAACUAAUGCACGAGUCCCUCAAUCACCUCCAAAGAAAGGAGAAAGAAAUACAGGAGGAAAACAGCAUGCUUGCCAAACAGAUAAAGGAGAGGGAGAGUAUCCUAAGGACACAUCAAAACCAAUCAGAGCAGCAAACCCGCAGCCACCAUGUACCGCCUCGGCCGCAAGCGCAGUUACAUCCAUACAUGAUCUCUUCUCAGGCAUCUCAUUUCCUAAAUAUGGGUGGUAUGUACCAAGGAGAAGAUCCAAUGGCGGUGAGGAGGAACCGUCUCGAUCUGACUCUCGAACCCAUUUACAACUGCAACCUUGGAUACUUUGCCGCAUGA